AUGUGUCUCCUUUUUGUCAUGAGUUUGUUCUUGAUUGUGAUUGGAAAACCUUCAAAUCAUCAUCUCUCAACGGUUCCAUGUGGUAUCUCGUUUGCCCUCACCGAGAAAGAUCCAAACUUGAUUCUGCAUGGAGAGUACUUGAGAGAGAUCAAUGCUGAACGCUUGCGCAUUUGUGUAAACACUUUCACGAAUUACACCUUUGUCGUUGAUCAGGCGCGGAUUUGUGACUCGCUAGAGAAUCGAAUCACUGAAGCUUGUGGUGAUUCAGCGCCUUUCUUCAUCAAUCAACAACCAUUCCGGGGACAUUGCAAAGGAGGUGAACGCGCUCGGGAUCACUACAGCACUUGUCGUAGUGUUUACAAUGAGAGUCAGCUCAUCCUACAAAUCAAUCGCGACUUUUACACACGCAUCGAUACAUUGGCUAUCUCGUUUCGUGUUUCUGAAUGGAUUGACGAAAGUGUCGAAUACUCUCUGGAAUUAGCGCACUCUCAUUAUAAUCCAAUGAUCGUCAACAUCACUAAAUUCCAAACGGCAAAAACUGCUCUCUGGCUUGUUCUAGCGUUGCACACUCGAAAGACUUUGAAGAUUUUAACUGAAUUGAAAUCAAAUCGCUCAAACUCUAAUUGUACUUAUGAGCUUUUGAGUGGACCACCACCUGGAAAGAAUCAAUCCUACAACGAGAGACGUUUGAUGAGUUUUCGAGAUAAUACUGAGCUUAUCCCGCAGCAUCUCCAAUCCCUUGUCUACAGUCUUCACAUUGCAUCCUCAAUUACAUUUUAUAGAGAUGAUAUUGAGCUUAUCCCGCAGCAUCUCCAAUCCCUUGUCUACAGUCUUCACAUUGCGCGUGGUUGUGCGCCGAAUGUUGUUAUUAAACCCGACUUUCAUUGGGAGGAUCUUGACACGGAUAAAAGCGGUUGGAUGAAUGAGCGGCAAGAGUUGUGUGAUGGGAGUGUUUUUGUGGCCACUCAAGGUUACGCUAAUCAAUUUGAGUUAAUCGAAAAUGGUUACAAUCUCGAUUAUCGCAUUGAAUGUGAAUAUCCGAUCAAUAUCGUUGUCGAAGUGAUCGCUGUGCUCACCUCCGAGUUGAGCAUCGAUUUUGAGAGACGAGUCCUCGUUCUGCUCGGUCAUCCGAAAAUAAGCGAUGACUCAUUUGUGGCGUUGGUCGAGCCAGAAGCUCUCGUCACUUUGCUCACACAUCCGACUUUUCACGAGUUACAAAAUAUCCGGGUGAACACGGAGAUUCUGAUUGAGGAUCAUGCAUCAAAAUACGCUAAUCCGUUGAAUCGAUGCCAGAAUUUAUGGCCAGAGCUCAAAUGUGAUCAGCUAACUUCUUACUACACUUAUGCUGGAUCACAAACGGGAAUCGAUCAAAAUGGGAUCAAGUUGAACCGCGAUUCAUCGAGAACCCUCCGCUCUAGUGUAACGACGAUUUUCGCGAACAAAAGUUGCUCGUUUUGUCUCUCGUACAGAUUUGAGAAAGAAAGCUCAAACUAUCGCACCUGGGAGUCGACUGGGGCAACGCUGAUGGUGAGCAGUUACGAGUAUCCGUGGCGUUUUGAUGAACCGGACAAGUACGCGGCUGAAUGCAUGCGGUUAAGAUACGCGUUUUUUGUGGAUGCAACAGUUUGGACGGAAACGCAAAUGGAGAUAAUCUCACUCGAGAAUGGUCGACUAAAUGUGAGCGGCUAUCCGGUUGAUCCUGGCGAUCGUUUCUCGUGCACACACACGACAAAGUGUUUCGAGAAAAUAAUCACCGACAAUACUUUCAAUCUGACACUCGACUUUCGGGCAAUGUGCUUUAUGAAUCAACGCGAGAUCACUGAUUGUCUCAACAUGAAUCCAAUAGCGAUUGAUGGAGAAAUGCCUAUUUUUGAGAGUUGCAAGAAAACCUUUCGACAAGGUGAAAAUCAAACACUUGAGAGUUGUCGGAUGAAAGUCACCUCGCAAAAAUCACUGAAAUUAAUGCUAAACCCGAUGCCCGAAUCGGAAAGUGAUUACAGUGCGAUCGCAAUCCGAGUGGCUGAGUGGAUUGAUGUUGAGCAAGAUUUUCGUCUGGAACUCAUGGUGAAUCUCAUUGAGCCAACAGCUUUCCGAGUCGAGAAAGCCGAACGCGAGACGUGGAUCGGCUUAGCGCUGCUGAACGGCUGGAUUCUCAAACAUUUACGCAAACUUCGAUGGGUGAGUGGAAAAUGUUCUAUGGAG